AUGCCGGGAGCUGCGAGCGGCCCCGCGACCGACGUCAACGCGCGCUGGGGGACCCGGGCAGACGCCGGAAUUAGGUCCUGCAACCGCAGGACACCCCGCGCCGGGCACCGAGAAAUAGGUCGGCAGCGUUCCUCCAGCAGAGCACACAAGCAGAGGCGGCGGCGCCUCGGUUCGGAGUGCCGGGUCGCCCUCCCGACACGCGCCCCGGGCGAGCGCCCCAGGACGCCGCCGUGCCCACGGACUACACAGCCUCAGACCUGGAGAACUCGUCUCCUGGGGACUCGCCGGUCUGGGGAGGACUCACGGGGCUGCGCAGCUCCCUCCCGCCCCCGCCGACGGCGCAGGCUCGCGGACGUCCCGUUCCCGGAGCGUCCUGUCCCCGCGUCCUCCGCCCCCUGCCCUCCCCAGCCUCCCCCCUUCCCGCCCCAGCGCCGCGCUGAACUUGGGCCAGACACCGAGACCACAACAGCCACCUCGGAUCUGCACUCACCUGCGGCCGUCCCUCUGGAGCAGAGGCGGGGGACCGCUCGUACUGCGGCCCUCCGGGCCACCGGCCCUGCUGGCCGCGGGGGAGGGGCGCAGGAUGCGGGGCCGCCGCGGCGGGGGGCGCGCAGCGGGUCGGCGGGGAGCGCGGCGCGGCACGCCGGGUCUCUUUAA